AUGACGUUCCGCAGUCUCCUGGAGUCGGAGAAGAUAGCGAUCUAUGCUGUUCUACUACAUCACAGCACGAACGGUAAACUUCGUUACGGCGACUUAAAGCAGCAAGCUAGCCUCUACAACGUUGCCGAGCGAACCAUCCAGCGUGUGUGGGUACAAGGGCAAGCAAAUCGUUCGUUCAAGUCACCUCCGUCGCGAAUGCGCAAGCCAGCCGACGUCUUGUUGCUACAAGAACGGGUGUCAAAGCUGCCCCCAACAAAGAACAUGGAUCUACGCACCAUGUCGGAAGCGCUUCACGUUCCGAAGUCGACGCUGCACGAUGCAUUUGUUGCCGGUGUACUCGUCCGCAAGCACUCGUCGUUGAAGCCCAUGCUGACCGACGCCAACAAGGAAGCACGCAAACGUUACGCGCUCUCGUUCACCCACUUUCCGCACAACGUACAACAGAUCGUGGUCCAGCACGACAACGCAACACCCCACGCUGUAACCACUGACCCCGAUGUCGUUGCCGCGACCGUGUCGAACGGUCACCGCAUCGCCUUUGGCGAGCAGCCAGCAAACAGCCCGGACUUGAACAUCCUUGACCUCGGCUUCUUCAACUCGAUCCAAGCGCUACAACAGAAGAUGCCCGCUUACACAGUGGACGAUUUGAUCAGAAACGUGGAGAAUCCGUUUACGAACGUACUCGCGGUGUCGUUGGACAACGUGUUUUACACGUUGCAGACUGUCAUGGAGUGCAUCUUGGAGACUGGUGGAAGCAACAAGUACAAGCUGCAGCACAUUGGCAAAGAAGCCAAGCGUCGACGCGGUGAGCUGGAAGAGUCGUUGACAUGUUCUGCUGACACGUACCUUGCUGCUCGGCUUGCCGACCUUUGA